AUGAGCGGUGGCAGCGGCGGCGGCGGCGGAAACAACGCCGGUAAUCAGGGUAACGGGACAGCGAAUAACUACCAUCAGCAUCAGCAACAGCAACAGCAGCAGCAACAGCAACAACAGCAACAACAACAACAGACACAGCUGGAGCAGGCAAGCUUGCUACCAGAUUUGAAUGGGAUUGACCUGGCGAUGAGCUUGUCCCCCAAACAGCAUUCUUCCCACGUACAAACAGCUGGCGGCGCUCAUACGACACCGUUCAGCGUCACCGAUAUUCUUUCGCCGAUCGACGAAUCCUAUCGUAAGCUCGAACUAGCGAUUGGCGUCGGCGUGGUCACCCAUCCCCAGGUCUCUCCGUACGGCAACGCUUGUGGUGGCGCGGUCAGCGGACGUGUCGGCGGCAAUACCGGUAGUUCGAGCGCGAGCAGCGGCAGUCCACCGCUUCACGGAGGUUCCACGCCGGGCGGUGGUACACCGGGACCGGUAUCGGGCGCGAACGACGCCACCGGUGGUCCUGGUGGCGGUGGUGUAAGCAGCGGCGCACCGGGCGCCGGGAUGACCGCGAUGGGGAAUCCAUACGCGGCGAUGCAAUUGACGUCGCAGUAUCAGUAUUGCGCGGCGGAAUUAUCGCCGUAUCAUCAUGCUGGGCCAGCGGUUGGCGGCGGGGCGACCGCCACCGAUCCGAUGAGGUCGCAUCAUCCUUGGUACGCGCCGGCACCCCCGGCAACCAACGACCCACGAUUCGCCAUCUCGCGGUUGAUGAGCGCCGCGGGGGCGGGCGCCGGGACCAACAUGGCCGGCUGCUCGGUGGGCCAGUCAAUGGGCGACGUGACGAAAUCGUCCGGCAUGGGAAUGGGCGUCGGCGUCGGCGUCGGUGUCGGCAUGGGCGUCGGCGCGAUGCAAUUCCCCCACCUGCCGCAGAGGCGAAAGCGUCGCGUUCUGUUCACCCAACAGCAGGUCCACGAGCUUGAGAGGCGGUUUAAGCAGCAGAAAUACCUGAGCGCACCGGAACGGGAACACCUAGCCUCCCUGAUCAACCUAACGCCCACUCAGGUGAAGAUAUGGUUUCAAAAUCACCGGUACAAGUGCAAGAGGCAAGCGAAGGAGAAGAUGAUGGCGGAGCAGAACGCUCAGAACCAGAGCGCGAGCUCGCCACGACGGGUGGCUGUCCCGGUGUUGGUGAAGGACGGCAAGCCCUGCGGUAGCGGCGGCGGCGGUGGCGGUGGCGGCGGGAACGAGGGUAGCCGCGGCGGGCCCAGCGCUGCUCUGGCCAGUCCUGCCCCCCAUCUGACCGCGGCCUCCAGCCCCCAUGGUUCCCAUCACGCGGCCUCGUCCGUUUCCCAUCAUUCGGUGGUAGGCGUGAGUCACGUGAUGACAUCCAGCCAGAGCCUGCAGCAUUGCUCGUACACGAGGGCCGGGGCGCAACAGAGUAUGCAGCAGCAACAGCAGCCGCAGUGCGGCGGUUACCUGCCGUUCCAGAGUCGGGCCUGGUAG